AAUGUAUCGAGCAAUAAUGUUUCAUUGCAUCAACUCAACUAUCUUGCUAUUUGGACGGUGAAUUCUGCUGAAAAUAUUGUGAAACGGUUUGGCGACAAUAAUUGGAAUAUUUAUAAAAGUUUGUACGCGUCUCUGCUAUCUUCAAGUCACAUGUAA